CAAGUUCACAGCAGAAGGAGGGAGUACUAGUUCAUUUAGUUCUUUCUUCAGUAAAAACACAAAGAUGGACUAUUUAAUUUUGUUCCAGUAAAUAUUCAUUGAGAAUCAUACGAAACCCAGUGUUAUUGUAUAUUAUAGCGGAAGGGCCUGAAAGGGUUAAUGAAUUUGCAGAAGAAAACAAGAACCGUUGUGUAGUUUUCCAAAAUAUGGACACGUUAGACCAAAUACCGACCAGUCUUAUAAAUCGCCCUGGAAAUUCCGAAUUCUCAUCAUAAUUGCGGGAAAUUCAGUUUUUAAGAAGAAGUUUUACCAACAGCUUUGGUAAACCUACACAGCAAACAAUAACAUUAUAGUCAUGUACAAUACGAGUGUUUAUUAAGUUGUAUACUUUAUUAUAUCAGCGCACACUGGUUUAUUGUGUAGCUUAUAAAUUGUAUUACAUUUAAUUCUUACGAAAAUGAAUGAAAUUCAUGCAUUGAACAAAGAGGAACAGAACUUGCUUCAGACAAUGGCAAGUAAUAAUGAAGAGAAAAAAAGUGUGCAUGAAGAACUUGAAAAACUUGCAUUAGAUGAUGAACCUGACACUCGCCUGGGACAAGGAACUCUCAGCUUUAAUGAAGCCCAUGGAGUCCAUAGCCAAGCUGGUGCACAUAUCAGAUCAUGGGCAAAAGUACCAAGAGUCACCAUUGGUGAAGACUCUGCUGGCACAACUGAUGUAACAAAUGGUGAAAUUUUGACGAGGCCUGCUCUGAAAUUCGAAGUGGUGUCAGCACGAACUGUUGAUCAGAACAAUGAGAAGAAGCAUGUGGCAUACACUGUAAUGGUAAGGAAGGAUGGAAUUCAACCUGAUCCAAAUCCUGCUGUGAUUGAACGUCGUUAUUCUGAUUUUCUUGAACUGUAUGAAUCACUUCGACAUGAAUUUCCAUCACUUAUGACACAUCUCACCUUCCCUAAAAAGGUGUUGUUAGGUAAUUUUGCUCCUGGUGUGAUAUCUGAGCGCAGUGCUGGUUUUGAGGCUCUGUUGGAGCACAUAAUUACUGAAGAAAAGUUGCGAGAAUCAUCAUGUUUAACAUCAUUUCUUCAAGGUCGUGAACAGCGUGAAGCACGUCAGUGGAUGGUGGCUCAACGUUAUGACCAGGCUAUACCAUUGUUGGAGAACUCCUUCAGACUUCUGAAUAAACUUUACACAGAUAGGCAUCCAGUUGUUAUGUUGACAUUGUGUCGCCUAGUUGCUUCCUGCAACGCUGAUCCUACCACUACAUCAGCAGAGCGUUUUGCAGAUCUUGCUCUUAGGCGAUAUGAAGCAGUCAGUGAUGCUGACCUUCUUCAGUUUUAUGUGCCUCUUUUACAGCUCUGUGUCCGACUGUGGUGGUCACUUGGAAGAGACAAACGACUCUUAGAAGCCAGGCUUGAGGAUCUCAAGAGACGUGGUAUUAAGGUGGAUGGGUGUCCAACUUUGUUGGAUGCUUUAAUGGCCAUGGACCAAACAUGAGUGGAUUUCCUUAUCCGCUUCGUACAUGCCAAAACAUCAUAAUUAUCAUGAUGCUGUAGAUAAUCUGUGCCUUUUUUUUACUAUUUUUUCGCCACUACUGGAAAGUUAGUAGGUGUUUUUGUAGUGUUUUAUAGGUGUCUUUGGUGGCUGUAUUGGGAAUUUUAUUAAUUGAUAGCAGGAACAGUGUUCUAGUCCAUUUUAGUAUUCUUAUAGCCAGUGUAUAUAAAUAGCCCAAGAUCUCAUUCAUAUAUUGAACUAGAUUGUUAUAUUACAAUAUAAUUUGUUGUUCAGUUGCAUUAUGCAAUAAAAUCUAUAACUUGUUUCAUUACAGAUACUCAUAUGAAAGGUAAAUGACAGUGUGUGCCAUAAAGAGAAAUUAUGUGUAUAUAGUAUUGGAUUCACAUUAAACAAAAAUGAGAAGAAUCAAAUAAUGAUUUAGGUCAUCAUGGAAAAGUAUAACCACAGAGAAAUGCAGUUCAGAAAGUAUUUUCUUAAAUGAAUUAAAAUAUUAGACAAAAUAAGAA